AUGUUUAGUGAUCUAGCGGCACACUGUGCUUUCUUCUCUCUCUCUGUCCUCUACGUCAAUGUUUGUCUCUCGCCCAUUAACAGUACGUCACUUCUGAUGCUUUUCUAUAGAAAGCCAGAGACCAGUUUCUGACACAUUCAUUCUAACCCCUUGAACCCAAACCUCUCUUUCUCACGCAUUCCUCCACAGAUCUGAAGAGAGAGGCCAGUGUCUGACACAUUAAUUCUUACCCCUUACCCCAAACCUCUCUUUCUCUCGCUUUCCUCCACUGAUCUGGAGAGGCCAGUAUCUGCCACAUGAAUUCUAACCCCUUACCCCAAACCUCUCUCUCUCUCUCUCUCUCUCUCUCUCUCUCUUCUCUCUCUCUCUCUCUCUCUCUCUCUUUCCUCCACAGAUCUGAAGAGAGAGGCCAGUAUCUGCCAUAUCCUUGCACAUGAAUUCUAACCCAUGAGCCCAAACCUCUCUCUCUCUCUCUUUCCUCCACUGAUCUGGAGAGGCCAGUGUCUGACACAUUAAUUCUAACCCCUGACCUUUAACCCCCCUCUCUCUCUUUCCUCCACAGAUCUGAAGAGAGAGGCCAGUAUCUGCCACAUGCUGAAGCAUCCUCACAUCGUAGAGCUAGUGGAGACGUACAGCUCUGAUGGCAUGCUCUACAUGGUCUUCGAGUUGUGAGUCACAGUCUGUUCCUUUCUCUAUUACACACGCACGUGCACGUGCACACACUCUCACACUCACUCACUCAAUUAUACACAGCAACAUACAUAUUCAUAGGAUAUAAGCAUUUUUGCAUCUAAAAAGUAGUUUGUUUCAAAUGUGAUGAGGUUUGAUAUGAUUGUCGGGUUGCUGAACAGUCACACCAGUAGUGGUGUAAUUGAUGUGACCGUUGAUAAUGGAUUUCUACUGCUCGCUAACGGUAGCAUAGCUAGGCUACUUACCAGGACAGAGUACUGUAUGGGUAAAGUGUGUGAGUGUGCGAGUGAGUGUAGCUGUGGCAGCAUGCAUACGUCAGUGUAGGAAGCUGUUAUUUACAUUUACAUUUACAUUUUCGUCAUUUAGCAGACGCUCUUAUCCAGAGCGACUUACAAAUUGGUGCGUUCACCUUAUGAUAGCCAGUGGGACAACCACUUUACAAUAUAUCCCAUUUUUUUAGUUUUUUAACUUUUUUAAACUUUAGUUUUUAUUUAUUCUUAUUUUUGUAUUCUUCCCCGGGUGGAAGAGCAGCUCCGUCUUGCCGAGGUUCAGCUUGAGGUCGGUGAUCCGUCAUCCACACUGAUAUGUCUGCCAGACUGGUAUAGAACGUGUUGAGGAUUUUAAAAAAAAAAAUACUAAAUUAAUGACGUCAUCAUUUCUCAAUGACGUCAUCAUUUCUGAAAUUACGUCAUCAUUUGUACCAACAGAUGUAGCCUAUUGAAUAUCAUUUUAGAAUAUGGAUAAAAUUCAUCCUCCAAAUACAACGUCGGCCUACGCCCACACAUAUUGUCUACGUUUUUAAUACCCUCAAACACCAAAUUAGGCAAAUAGGCAUACCUAAUUUCAAAAUAGGCCAUCUGUCAAUCGUGAAAUAAUAAUUAUUGUUAUUUUACCGGUGAAACGUCGAAUCUGCAUGGCAAUAAUUUUAUCUCAAUCAGAUUCAUGGGAAUAUGCGUUUAGAUCUUCUUGAACUAUGUAGGCCUACAGUGUAGUAUGUAUGUAUGUACAUUAUGUAGGUAGGCCUAACUAUGUUUUCGUGAGCGAAUUAGAGUAGAUGGUGGUAACCAAUAGCAUAGGCCUACCUGUGUUUUGUUUUAAUCAAAGCUCAUAUUUUGUGGCGCCGUGGUACACAAGCUGUUAAGUUUUGGCCGCAUGAGAAAAAAAAUUGACCACUCAGCUAAUCACCCUAAAAGGUGGUGUUUUUGGUCUUACAGUAAUGUUAUACUUAAGCGAUAAGGCCCGAGGAGGUGUGGUAUAUGGCCAAUAUACCACGACUAAGGGCUGUUCUUAAGCACGAUGCAACGCGGAGUGCCUGGCCACAGCCCUUAGCCAUGGUAUAUUAGCCAUAUAUCACAAACCCCCGAAGUGCCUUAUUGCUAUUAUAAACUGGUUACCAACGUAAUUAGAGCAGUAAAAAUAAAUGUUUUGUCAUACCCGUGGUAUACGGUAUAUACCACGGUUUUCAGCCAAUCAGCAUUCAGGGCUCGAACCACCCAGUUUAUAAUGUCUGAUAUACCACGGCUGUUAGCCAUUCUCUCUCUCUCUCCUAUAGUAUGGAUGGUGCAGACCUGUGUUUUGAGAUUGUGAAGAGGGCAGACGCUGGCUUCGUCUACAGUGAAGCGGUGGCCAGGUAAGACCAAGUCCACUUCCCAUGAUACUCCAUUUGAAAGAGUUCCUCCUGUUGCAUUGAGUUCAAUUCAAUCUGAUGGCUUCACUUUUCUCCAAGGCCGCACUUCGAUGUGACAUUCAGCAUUUCAAAACUUUAUUAAAACACAACAAGUGAAAAAGGAAUUCAGAGAAGAAUACCAAAACACACAAAACACCAUAGACAGAAAUAACCACUUGUCACUAUUACAACAAUGUUGUUUCGAAUCAAUAGUCAUGGUGUUUUAUUUCUCUCUUCCCGUCUCCCGCUCCAGUCACUACAUGAGACAGAUCUUAGAGGCACUACGGUAUUGUCAUGACAACAACGUCAUCCAUCGAGACGUGAAGGUAGGCCCUGGUCUCCGUUUGAUAGUGUGUGUGUUCGUACACGUGUCUCCCGGAAACAGAGUUUACUUGGAGUUGGAACCUACCUCUGAUUUUACUGUGCUCAGUCCCCUCCUCCCCUCCUCAGCCAUCAUGACCCAGACUACAACAGCUGAGGAGAGAAUUCUCUCUGAUUCCCCGUCUUGACCCAGAUACGUUUUUCAAUCUGGCUGUCCAUCAGAACAAUUAAUAAGUGAGUUUGAGUUUAUUUUUACAGGGACAGUGAAACAUUAGUCAACGUUAAUUUUCAACCGUAGUCCCUGGGCAGGUUAUUAAAAACAAUUACAAUAACAAUACAUACAAACAAUGAGCAGUGAGCACAUGCAGAGCAACAUAGGACAAGCAACACGUAGCAUGCAGACAGACAGCAACAUAGGACAAGUAGCACCAGACAGCAACAUCGGGCACGCAGACAGACGCAACCUAGGACAAGCAACACGUAGCACGCAGACAGACAGCAACAUAGGACAAGCAACACGUAGCACGCAGACAGACAGCAACAUAGGACAAGCAACACGUAGCACGCAGACAGACAGCAACAUAGGACAAGCAACACGUAGCACGCAGACAGACAGCAACAUAGGACAAGCAACACGUAGCACGCAGACAGACUGAGCAACAUAGGACAAGCAACACGUAGCACGCAGACAGACUGAGCAACAUAGGACAAGCAACACGUAGCACGCAGACAGACUGAGCAACAAAGGACAAGCAACACGUAGCACGCAGACAGACCGGCAACAUAGGGCACGCAGACAGACCAGGCAACAUAGGACAAGCAACACGUAGCACGCAGACAGACCGGGCAACAUAGGACAAGCAACACAUAGCACGCAGACAGACAGACAAUAUAGGACAAGGCAUACGUAGCAUGCAGCACCGACGUAGAACCAUAGGACAAGCAACACGUAGCACGCAGACAGACCAGGCAACAUAGGACAAGCAACACGUAGCACGCAGACAGACCAGGCAACAUAGGACAAGCAACACAUAGCACGCAGACAGACAGGGUAACAUAGGACAAGCAACACAUAGCAUGCAGACAGACCGGGCAACAUAUGACAAGCAACACGUAGCACGCAGACUUUUCAGAUCACCCAGUAAUGCUAACAGCAGGGUUAGCUCCAGGUAAAUAUUGCAAUCCUUUAGCCAUUCCUGGACCUGUGUCCAAAAACAAGCUACAAAUGGACAGUACCAAAACAAAUUAUCUAAUGAUUCUGUCUCUUCACAACAAAAUCUGCAGAGCUGGGAAGAUUGUAUCCCCCAUAUAAAUAACAUUCUAAUGGUAGCAAGAAUUUUAUAUAGUAAUUUAAAUGGAAAAAUUAUAAGUUUUGAAUCCGGCGUCGUUUUGCGUAUCAGUUCAUAAACACUAUGCCAUGGAAUCGGUACGUCAAAAAUCUCUUCCCAACUAUUUUGCAAUCUAUAUGGGACGGCUGUCAAUCCUUUGGUCCUUAAAUGAAACUGGUAUACUUUUUUAUUUAUCACAGUUUUCUUUAACCAAUUAUGUUCUUUAAUGUAAGGCCGACAGACAAGUUCCUUACUUCUUCCCCCUUCCACUUUCCUCUUCCAUUUUUGCGGUAAUGCAGACAUUUCCAUAUGUUUUUGUUAGCUGCAUGUGCGACAUAACUCCACCAGUCCUACCGACGAUAUCAUUUACGAAGAUUAUACCUUUUUUUAAACAUUUUGUCCAAAAAAAAAUGUUUUUUGUCAAUUAGUAUAUUUGAGUUUAACCACAAUAUUUGUUGCAUUAUUUAUUCUGUCGUUUAUAGAGGAUUAAAUUGAAAUUGCAACCAACUUUCUAUGGCUUGUUUUAGAAAUAGUGAUAUUUGGGAGAUUAUUUCCUUUUCAAAUAACUGAAAGUGAGAGGUUGUAAUCUGAAUAAAGGGAAAAAGGCCAUUCUUGAACAUUGGGUGAGACAAUCUUACUAAUUUGCUAGAGAACCAGUUCGGAUUUAAGUAUAACUUUUGUAUGACUAAAUCAAAUCAAAUCAAAUUGUAUUUGCAACAUGCGCCGAAUACAACAGGUGUAGACAUUACCGUGAAAUGCUUACUUACACCCCUUAACCAACAAUGCAUUUAUUUCUUAAUAAAAAAAGUCAAAAAGUAAAAUAAAACAACAACAACAACAACAAAAAGUGUUGAGAAAAAAAGAGCAGAAGUAAAAUAAAAUAACAGUAGGGAGGCUAUAUACAGGGGGGUACCGGUGCAGAGUCAAUGUACGGGGGCACCGGUUAGUUGAGGUAGUUGAGGUAAUAUGUACAUGUGGGUAGAGUUAAAGUGACUAUGCAUAAAUAAGUAGCAGCAGUGUAAAAAGAUGGGGUGGGGGUGCAAAUAGUCCGGAGAGCCAUGAUUAGCUGUUCAGGAGUCUUAUGGCUUGGGGGUAGAAGCUGUUGAGAAGCCUUUUGGACCUAGACUUGGCGCUCUGGUACCGCUUGCCGUGCGGUAGCAGAGAGAACAGUCUAUGACUAGGGUGGCUGGAGUCUUUGACAAUUUUGAGGGCCUUCCUCUGACACCGCCUGGUAUAGAGGUCCUGGAUGGCAGGAAGCUUGGCCCCAGUGAUGUACUGGACCGUACGCACUACCCUCUGUAGUGCCUUGCGGUCGGAGGCCGAGCAGUUGCCAUACCAGGCGGUGAUGCAACCAGUCAGGAUGCUCUCGAUGGUGCAGCUGUAUAACUUUUUGAGGACCCAUGCCAAAUCUUUUCAGUCUCCUGAAGGGGAAUAGCUGAAGCUUUUAGUGAUAGGUUUAAUGCUUUAAUAUUUAAUCAUUUCUGUCCUCCGAAUUCAUAUUCAUUAUAUAAAUAGGCCCAUUUAAUUUUGUCUGGCUUGCCAUUCCAAAUAAAAUGGAAUCUUUUUUUCUCAUAUAAUUUAAAAAACUGUUCGCUAGGCGUAGGCAAGACCAUAAGCAAAUAGGUAAACUGGGAUAAUACUAAAGAGUUAAUCAGGGUAAUUUUUCCACAAAUUGACAGGUAUUUAUCUUAUCUAUUUUUGCUGACUUUCUAUUAAAAUGUAUUGGAGUGAGAUCAUUUAUUUCAUUUGGGAUAUGUAUUCCGAGUAUGUCCACAUCACCAUCAGACAAUUUUAUUGGUAAACUACAUGGUAAUGUAAAAAUAGUAUUUUCUAGUGAUCCAAUACCUAAUAUAGUACAUUUAUCAUAAUUUGGUUGUAAUUCAGAGAGGUUAGAAAAUGUAUCUAGAUCCUCUAUGAGGCUGUGGAGGGAUUCAAGUUGUGGAUUUAAAAGAAAACAUGAAUCAUCAGCAUACAAUGACACCUUGAUAUUAUUGUUGUAUCUGAUUUUAAUAGCUAACAUCUCGAUGGCCAUAAUAAAUAGAUAUGCCGAUAGUGGACAACCUUGUUUCACUCCUCUUGACAGUUUAAAACUUUCUGAGAAAUAGCCAUUAUUUACUAUUUUACACCUAGGGUUACUAUACAUGAUUUGAACCCAAUUUAUAAGAGAUUCUCCAAAAUUGAAAUGCUCCAGGCAUUUAUAUAUAAACCCCAGUCGUACUUUAUUAAAUGCCUUUUCGAAGUCUGCUAUGAAUAGCAGGCCUGGUUUCCCAGAUUUUUCAUAGUGUUCUAUUGUUUCUACUACUUGCCUUAUAUUAUCUCCAAUGUAUCGUCCAAGUAAAAAACCUGUCUGAUUAGAAUGAAUAAUGUCCGACAAUACCUUUUUAAUUCUAUGUGCUAUACAUUUUGCUAGAAUUUUUGCAUCACAACACUGAAGUGUAAGGGGCCUCCAAUUUUUUUAAUGGACUGGAUCUUUAUAUUUUCCACUUUUAUCCUGUUUCAGUAAUAAUGAAAUCAGACCUUCUUCUUGAGUGUCUGAUAAUCUACCAUUUACAUAGGAGUGGUUAAAACAUGCUAAUAACGGUCCUCUGAGUAUAUCAAAAAAGGUUUGGUAUACCUCGUCUGGUAUGCCAUCCAACCCCGGACUUAAAGUCUUUAAUUGCAUCCAGAAGUUCCUCCUCUGUAAUAUCACCUUCACAUGAGUCUUUCUGUAUGGCUGUUAUUUUUACAUUAUCAAUAGAAAACACAUCUCUACAAUUAGCUUCAGUUAGAGGAGAUGGAGGCGACUGAAAUGAAAACAUAUGCUUAAAGUACUUUGUUUCCUCCUUCAAAAUAUAAUUUGGUGAAUCAUGGGUGACUCCGUCAUUUGUAACCAGUUUCAGUAAAUUAUUUUUGGUAGCAUUCCUCUGUUGAAGAUUAAAAAAGAAUUUGGUGCAUUUUUCCCCAUAUUCCAUCCAGUUUGCUUUUUAAAAAUAAUAUAUUACACUUGAUCUUUCUUGAAUAAGUUUCUCAAUUUCUUUUUGUUUUUCUUCUAAUUUAUUCUGAGCCUCUAUGUUACAGUUUUUAUUGCUAUUUUAGUCAUUUAGCAGACGCUCUUAUCCAGAGCGACUUACAAUUAGUGAGUGCAUACAGCUAUCUGUUCUGUUAGACCUUCUAUUUCCUUUGUUAGUAUGGACUCUUUUGACCUAAAUUGCUUUUGUUUUCGAGUUGAGUACUGAAUUGCAUGGCCUCUAAAGGCACAUUUAUAGGUGUCCCAUACAAUAAGGGGAUUUGCUGUACCUAUGUUAUGUCGGAAAAAAUCAGUUAUCAAUUCCUCUGUCCUAGUUAAAAACAAGUUAUCAUCCAAUAGAGUUUGAUUAAAUUUCCAAUAUCCUCGCCCACGUGGAAAUUCAGUAAGAGUAAUGUAUAUUCCAAUUAUUAGAUGGUCUGACCGCAUUCUGUCCCCUUUUUUUCACUUUUGGUGCCAACGAGAAUGACAUAAGAAAGAAGUCAAGACGACUAGCUUGAUUGAGUCUCCGCCAUGUAUAUCUCACUAGAUCAGGAUAUUUAAGCCUCCAUAUAUCUACUAGUUCUAAUGUAUCCAUGACAUUCACGAUUUCCUUAAGAGCAUGAGGGUGAUUGUUUGUAGUAUGAUUUCCUUUACGGUCAAUAAUGUUUGUACCAUGUUUUGUGCUGCUACCAUGUUGUGUUGCUACCAUGUUGUUGUCAUGUUGUGUUGCUGCCAUGCUAUAUUGUUGUCUUAGGUCUCUCUUUAUGUAGUGUUGUGGUGUCUCUCUUGUCGUGAUGUGUGUUUUGUCCUAUAUUUUUAUUACAGGAGGCCUUUUGCCUUUUGGUAGGCCGUCAUUGUAAAUAAGAAUUUGUUCUUAACUGACUUGCCUAGUUAAAUAAAGGUUAAAUAAAAAUAAAAGUUGUUUAGGGUGGAAACUGUGAGAAAACAGGUCGCUAGCUCACACCAUAAUCAGCCAUUUUAACUCUGACAACUCAAGAGAUUGAUUACAGUAACAAUGAGUAGUGUAGUCGUCGUUGGUGACAGAGUUGUCAGAGACAGUUGUUACAGGAGGGGGUCGCAGUUCCAGAAAAUCCCACUAGGUGUCAUCCUCCGACCACCUUUAGGCACCUCCUCACUCACAGUCGGGACUAAUCAGUAUCCUAUUGGUGUCACCUGUGUCUAUCGGUUCACCUGUGUAUUUAUGCCCUCACUUCCCUAUGUUCCCUUGCUUUGUUUUCUCUGUUAGUUUCUCUAUGUCCAGCAGUACUACUCAGUGUCUGAUCGGAGACCUAUGUACAGGUACUUGAGAAGUGUUCUCCCUGUUUCGUUAUUUGUUUCAGUCGUAGAAAGUAUUUCGUAUUUUGGCUGUCAGCCGGUUUUUGGAGACUUAUUUGCUCCGCCUUUCUUUUAUCGUGAUAAGUCCGUUAUUUUGUAUUUUGGCUUCGGGACCACCAGUAAAGAUCCUUGUUUCACCAUCUCUGCCUACUGCCUACUGUAUAUCCUGCACCGCACCUGGGUCACACCUCACACCAACCCUUACAGACAGUGAGUUGAUGCUGGUGUUUUCUCAGCAAGCACAGACAGAGUGAGGCUGAAAUAGCUCUGGCAACGGCUGUAGACGGCAGACACUGUUCUGAAUAUGAAGCCCUGGCUGUUCAAAUACUGCUGACAGUUUUUACACCAGAAACUGCUGGGGACAGAGAUCGACAGAUAG